AUGCUUUCAAUAGAAAAAGAAAAUUCAAGAGUUGCUACAACUAAACCAUUAGAUGAACUUUUUACUAAUGUCGGUCAAAAGUUUGAGACAGAGACCGUAAAGCAUGAAGGCUAUCGUUUUGACUACCCAUUAAGAUGGCUAAGAGACCCAUCUGUCACAAAAGCUAUUGGCUUUCGUAGAAUGAAGUUCAUUUCAGAAGCCAUACAUGGUUUCCCAUUUACGGUCGGUUUUGAAGUUCGAUACUAUAACAAAGAA